AAGGGAAGGGGUGUAGGAAAGAAGAGCUAGUGCGGAAAAGAGCUCGGGCUUGUGAGGAGUGUGGUUAGGAAGUGUGUGCUUGUCACUGAACCCUGAGUGGAUCCUGUAACCUUUGCCUUCCACUGGGUGGAGUAGGACCUUUAAGAGCAGCUGGAAUGCAGUUCCCCUGAUCAGCUUAGCCAGUUAUUCUGAACCUCUGCUAGCCCUAGAGAGCAGUGCUCACUCUAGACCACCCAGCCUUCUGUGCUUCUCUCCUGAGCAAGAAGUUUCCAGCGGGGGAAGUAGGUUUCCAUCUGUCCAGCCAUGGGAGAGGACGCUGCACAGGCAGAAAAGUUCCAGCACCCAAAUACAGACGUGCUCCAGGAGAAGCCAUCCACCCCCAGCCCAAUGCCUUCCUCCACACGGAGCGCCAGCCUGAACCUGGGGUCCACAGAGGAAACCAUUCGAGAUAACUCGCAGGUGAAUGCUGUCACCGUGCACACACUCCUGGAUAAACUGGUCAACAUGCUGGACGCUGUAAGGGAGAACCAGCACAACAUGGAGCAGCGGCAGAUCAACCUGGAGGGCUCGGUGAAGGGCAUCCAGAACGACCUCACCAAGCUCUCCAAGUACCAGGCCUCCACCAGCAACACGGUGAGCAAGCUGCUAGAGAAGUCUCGCAAGGUCAGCGCUCACACCCGCGCUGUUCGGGAGCGCCUGGAGAAGCAGUGUGUACAGGUGAAGAGGCUGGAGAACAACCACGCCCAACUCCUCCGACGCAACCACUUCAAAGUGCUCAUCUUCCAGGAAGAAAGUGAGAUCCCUGCCAAUGUGUUUGUGAAGGAGCCAGUUCCCAGCGCUGCAGAAGGCAAGGAGGAGCUUGCUGAUGAGAACAAGUCCCUAGAGGAAACUCUGCACAACGUGGACCUCUCCUCUGAUGAUGAAUUGCCCCGUGAUGAGGAAGCCCUGGGAGAUAGUGCAGAAGAGAAGAUGGAAGAAAGCAGGGCAGAAAAAAUAAAAAGAUCCAGCCUCAAGAAAGUGGAUAGCCUCAAGAAAGCAUUUUCUCGUCAGAACAUCGAGAAAAAGAUGAACAAGCUGGGAACAAAGAUCGUAUCUGUUGAAAGGAGAGAAAAGAUUAAGAAAUCGCUCACACCCAACCACCAGAAAGCAUCUUCUGGGAAAAGCUCCCCCUUCAAGGUUUCUCCCCUCUCCUUUGGUCGGAAGAAAGUCCGAGAGGGAGAAAGCUCUGUAGAAAAUGAGACCAAGUUGGAAGACCAGAUGCAGGAUGACCGUGAGGAGGGCUCGUUCACAGAGGGUCUUUCUGAAGCAUCCCUCCCCAGCGGCCUGGUGGAGGAUAGCGCAGAAGAUGCUGAGAAGUUAGCAUUGAGAGGGAACAACUCAGGCAUGGGCAGCAACAAGGAUCUGACCAUUGUGGAAGAUGAGGAAGAGGAGUCAGUGGCCCUGCAGCAGGCCCAGCAGGUGCACUAUGAGAGUGGCUACAUGCUCAACUCCGAGGAGAGGGAGGAAUCUAGUGAGAAGCAGGUCCAGCCAGCUGUGCUGCAUGUGGAUCAGACGGCCUGAGUGCACAGCCAGAACACUGGGCCAGCUGCACCCAGCAGCUCGCUCAGAUGCAUCCACAUCGUGGAAGCCGUCUCCGCCGCCCCCCCCCCCCCCGCCCCCUUCAUCUCUACCUGCUCCCUACUGUGACCGUCCAGGCCUUAACCACUGACCAUACAGUAGCCUCAAGCAUAUAUGGGAUCACAGAAGCAAACUGCCAGGGAUUCCAUUUCUAAUUUGCUCAUAGGUUCUAUUUCUGUAGAAUUUCUCCAAGAUUGCAAGAAGAAAGAAAUGGAACAGUUUUUUUAAAAAAUCAACUAUUUCUUAGGCUUGGUCAGAAAAACUAGAGGAUAUUUAAGGUAGUAGUUCUAAAAAGUGAUUUUUUUUUUUUUUUUUUUUGGUCAUUCUAUUAGCUUGCUGAAUAGUGUAGCAGUAAUGUAGUGAAUUCUUACUGUAUUCUGUGAACAAUUAUUCUUCAAGUAUGUGAUAUGGAAUAUACAUAAGUCUGUAAGCUGAGAAUAUAACCCUUUAUUUUUAAGAAGAAAACAUUUACAAAAGAUAGAGCAGAAGGAGCAGCUGGUUUUUCUCUUAUAGAAACCAUUGUUUAUUGUAAGGGAGCUGAAAGGCCGUGCUGACGGGGAGCUAAUAGCACCAGGACUGCUGAGAUAGAAAACUAAGAUGGGAAGAUUGGGAAGUGGGAGGAAUGGAGGACAAAGAAUGACAAAAAGAAUGAAGACAAAGAGAAAAAAGAUGUGCUUAAAACGUGAACUCCUGACAUUUUAAAUCUAUUUUGCUCUUUAACAAUACUAAGGGGAAAAAAAAGGAAAAAAUGCUAAAGAAGUUCAUAUAUCUUGCAAGAAUAUAUCUUAUCUUCUCAAUAUUUUCAUAGUCUAGUAUUAAAUAACAUAACCAGACAUUCUGGAGUAAAAACUGGGGUUCUUUUCACUAAAUAAAUGGCAGUAUACAUCAUUCUGUGAAAAAGCUCAAAAGGCUAUUGUCUCUUUAACAUUGGAACAGAUGUAAGUCUCAAAUAAGUAGUAUGUACUGUUUUAUGGGAACGUCAAUCAAAUGAUUCUUUAAUAUUUUCCACUUUGAAGUGACCUUUCCAUUCCAAAUAUGAUAUAGGUUUAUGAGGUAUUCAAACUUGCAUGUUUAAGAACGGUAAAAUGCUAGGGUUUGGUUUUUUGUUAGUUUUUUUUAAAAAACACACACAUAAUGGUAAUUUCAUUCCAAGUAACAUUUUAUUUAUACAUAAUUUCACAGGAUAUUAAUGUUUUAGCUUACAAAAGAAUGCUAGUGUUUUAUUUCAUGUGCAUGUUCGUUCUGUCUAACAGACUAAAAAGUUGCUUUAUCUAUUUUUCAUCACAAAAUGCCAAUGCUUUGUUAUAUUGCAGUCUGAAGAUGAGAGACCCAGGGCUCAAACUCUCUACUCUUACUGUGCAGUAGCACAAGUGAGCCUACACACAGCGGUGACUGGGCAGCAGUCCCAGGCUGCACUCUGACUUUCAGCAAAGGAGUGAGAUGAGUAAUGGGUGUUGAUAGUGUAACCUAUUCAGCUGUGUUCCUGCCUUGCAAUUAAUGUAACCCCAAAUACUGAAUUGUUGAACUAACAAUGUCUGUGUGAAAGAAGAUUAAAUAAACCAAAAA